AUGCCGCUUGCCGGUACCACCGACAACAGUGCUGCGGCUAGCAGCGUUUCGCUCGACACCCUGGGCGCCAAUGAGAAGCCUAUGCGUCCCAAGCUCGCCCACAGCCGCCGUGGCAGUUGGGCCGAGUUCAGCGCCGAGUGGGAAUCGUUUAACCCAGCCAAUGCCAAGGACGAGCGUCUCCGCUUCGCCGAGGGCGACGCCGGCAAGACCCGCUUGAGUCGCAUGUACCUCUGGGCCAUCAACCGCAACAUCGUCUUCCGCUGGGCCCUCUACAUUGUCCCCUUCCUCGCUCUCCUCUGGAUUCCCGGCAUCCUCGGCGUGACUGCGUACCCCGACUCCCACAUCUGGGGCGUCAAGCUGCUCUGGUGGUCGAUCUGGCUUACAGUCGUGUGGUGUGGCUUCUGGGCAUCCAAGGCUGCGUUCAUGAUGUUCCCUCACGUGUUCAAGCAGACCAUCGCUGUCAUCGUUCCCUCGAUGGGCCGAUUCACCGACGUUGUCAAGAACCUCGGCCACUUUGGCAAGAUUAUCGUCUGGUCUCUCGUCACGUGGAUUUCAUUCACGCCUUUGAUCUCACGUCGUUUUGAGGGCGACCAGGAGUCUACCUCAAGGGCCAACCUCAACCUUGUCGUCAACCUCCUGUUCGGUUUCUUCCUCUGCACCAUCGUCUGGGGUAUCGAGAAGCUCGUUGUCCAGCUCAUCGCCCUCCAGUUCCACCGCGACUCGUACGCGGACCGCUUGACCGAGCAGAAGUGGCAGUUCAAGAUGCUCACCAAGCUCUACAUGAACUCGCACGACAUUCCUGGUCGCAGCGACACGCUCGACGACACCUCGUCGGUCAAGACGACUGCUGGGCGUAAGGCGAUCCGCAAGGUGCUCAAGGGUGUCAAGGCCGCCGCGCAGAGCACCACCAAUGCUCUCGGCAACGUCGCCACCGAGAUGGCCGGCUCAUCGGUGCUCCAGACCAACUCGCCCGCCAACAAGGUCACCGCUGCGCUCGCCUCGGCCAACAAGAGUAGAGCUCUCGGCCGCCGCAUCUUCUAUUCGUUCCGCAAGCCGGGCGCUGCUCACAUCACGAUAGCCGACAUUGCGCGUUUCUUCUCCGACCUCGAGAGCGCUGAGCAGGCCUUCUCUGUCUUUGACCGUGAUGCCAACGGCGAUGCUACCCGCGACGAGAUUGACGCGACCAUGCUCGAGAUCCACCGCGAGCGAAUGUCGCUGGAGGCGUCCAUGCGCGAUCUCGAUGGCGCCGUUCGCCGCCUCGACGACAUUCUUCUCAUCCUCGUCACCGGUAUAUGCGUCCUCAUCAUGUCGGCCAUGAUCACGACCAAGGUUUCCACCUUUGUCACCUCAACCGGCACCUUCAUCCUCUCGCUCUCGUGGAUGAUCGGUACGACCAUGCAGGAGAUUCUCCUCGCGUGCAUCUUCCUCUUCGUCAAGCACCCUUACGAUGUCGGAGACCGUGUCGACAUCGACGGCAAGGCGUACACAGUCGCCAAGAUGGAGCUGAUGUCAACGUCUUUCAAGCGCACGGACGGCAAGUUUGUCUGGAUUGGGCACAAUGUGCUCGCCCUCAAGGUCAUCGAAAACGUCCGUCGCUCGGGCGCCACUUCAGAGUCGUUCACCUUCGAGGUCGCCUACAACACGACAUUUGAGAAGCUUCAGGCGCUGCGUGUUAUGAUGCUCAAGUUCUGCAAGCAGAACUCGCGCGACUUCCGUCCUGUGUUUGACGUUUCGGUCGACGACAUCCCUGCCCAGGGCAAGAUGGUCCUCAACGCCGACAUUGCGUACAAGUCGAACUGGCAGCAGGGUGCGCUCAAAGUUCAGCGCCGCAACAAGUGGAUCUGCCACCUCAAGAUGUGUCUCGCGGAGCUGCAGAUCUGGGGUCCUGAUGAUGCUGGUGACCCGGCCCCGCCUCCCCCCGACCCCAUCCGGUACACCCAGGUACCAUGGGACGAGGUGCGCGAGACCGAGCACGCCGAGGACCGCUCGCCGCCUCCGUCGUUCUCCGCCGCCACGAACGGUGCCAACCUCGCGCGCCGCCACGACUCGUCCCUUGACCUCUGGGGCGAGGCGUACCCCGAGACGGACUCGAUAGGGCCGAGCCGCAUGCCCUCGCCCGGCCCAGACUCUGCCUUCCAGAUCGGCACUCCGCCCCGCCGCAGCAUCCCGUUGCAGCAGCAGACGCAGAUCCGGGACAUGCACACCGCAGCCCAGCAGAUGGGUCAGCAGGGCGAGUUCCGCGCACCUCGUGGCGCCGAUUCGCGCAUCUAG